CCGCCAACACUUUCCUCGACGGCUGCGCGCGCCUCAGACCAACACCCUCGACGACACGACGCCGAUUACCACGACCGGGGAUUGCGGCUGCGCAAGCGGGAGAGGAAGAUACGCUGCAGCAGUCCGUCCUUUUGUUUUGUUCUUACGACUCGACACGGAGUACUAAUUACCAGAGAAGAGUAGCUGGGCAAUGGCUGCGUCUGUCGAUGCACCAAUCAUGAGCUCCUCGUCGUCGAUGGCUGCUGGCCUCGCGCGCACCGACUCGUCGGCCGCCCUCGAUGGUCUCGACAGAGGGACUGGGCCCGCGUCGGGCGCUGCCGAGUUCGAUGUGGACACGCUCAGGGCUUACCUCGAGAUGCUCCUGCCCGUCGUCAUGUCGGCUUCGGAAAGGGGGCUAGCUUCCUCGCUCUUCGCCAGGAGCAGCGGUUGGAGAGAGACGGCAGAAGCGUUCGCGAAUGACCCGACUGUCGCCGUCGUGUACAUCGACAAGAUAUGGGCCGAAGAUGCUGGAGAGAGUACGCUGGACGAGGACCUUUUCAUAUACCGACUCGUCACCCAAGUCUCAUACACGCCGCGGCACGUCUCGAGCAUCGCCCUCAUCAAGCGUGUGCCGACGCUCGACAACGACGUGGCACUCCCCCAGCAGCUGCAUCUUCUUUCCCUCUUUGGCCCGGCCAGCGCUGCCUCCCAGUCUACCUCAAGAGCCGGCCAGGCCGCGAGACCAGCCGCGAUAGCCAACGGCGGCAGCAUCGCUGGCGGCGCCGAUGGAACCGGCACCUCGACACCGACGGCGGAGAAUGAAGUGGCGACGAAAGUGCGCGAGAGCCCCUACGAGGCGCUCCACAGCGUUGUCCACAACGUCAUGGCGCCCUGGUUCGACGCAUAUGUGAUGAGCAAGGAGGGAAAGGAGAAGCCAGGCGUCAAGAGCAAGGACUCUGACACAAAGAUGGGCAUUCCUAUGACGAAGCGCAAGUUCGCAGAGCUCGAGCUCAGCCUGCUGCACCUCCAACAAAAUGUAGAGAUCCCUGAGAUUCACCUCCCGAUUCACCCUAUUGUCCGCCAAACGGUGGAGCGCUGCCAUCAGGCGGGCGUCCGAGUUCAGGUGGACGAGGUCAAGCCGGGCUCGCUGCUGAGCGACACAACCUUUCUCAACAAGCUCCAGUCCGACGUCAACACCUGGGUCAAGGAGGUCCAGACGGUGACCAAGCUGGACCGCGAUGUCGCAGCAGGCACAGCAUCGCAGGAGAUCAAUUUCUGGCUCUCGAUGGAGAAGGCGCACGAGACCAUCGACAAGCAGCUCAAGUCUGAUCCGAUCGUCCUCACGCUCGACAUCCUCAAGCACGCCAAGCGCUUCCACGCCACCGUCUCCUUCCUUGCCGAUACGGGCCUCAAGGACUGUGGUGAAAAGAUCCACAACUACAACCUCCUUAUGAAGGAUUUUCCCCUCAACGAGCUCCUUUCGGCUACCGAUCUGGAAAAGUGCUCCGAUGCGCUGGCUUCGGUCUUCUCCCACCUCAACAAGAAGCUCCGCAUCAGUCCGUACCCAGUCAAACGAGCGCUGCCCCUUGUUGAGGCUAUCUCGAGGGACCUCAGUGAGACGCUACUCAAGGUCCUCAGCAGCCAGCGUCUCAUGUACCAGGAGUUUUCCCGCUUCUGCGAGACAAUCGUUGCCGCUUCCGACGUGUUCCAAGUCUGGGACGAUCUCAUGAAGGACUUUGUCAACAUCGCCAGAGAGGUGACGAGGAAACGCUCCGAGAAGUUCCUACCCAUCAAGAUCAACCCGGCGCACGCCAAGCUCCGCGAGAGGCUCAACUACAUUGGCGCAUUCAGAAAGACCCACGAGCAGCUUCGCGUCAUGAUCAGCUCCGGCAAGGGCAUGGCGCUGGCUUCUUCGACGCUUUCGAGCACGGCAGAGAAGCAAGUGUCGGCACAGAACUUGGCGGGCAUCGAAAUGAAUGAGGAAGUCACUGCGGCUUACGAAUCGGUCAAGGUCAUCGAUGUCCUCGACGUCUCCCAAGAGGGCACCGAGAUCUGGUCAGCAGCCGAAACGGCAUACAACGAGCGGGUGGCGAGGGUCGAGAACAGCCUCAUUGCGCGGCUGAGAGAUCUGCUCGGACAGGCCAAGUCGGCUAGGGAGAUGCUCAGGGUUCUGUCGCAGUUCAACAGCCUCUUUGUCCGUCCCAAAGUUCGAGGUGCUGUCCAGGAAUACCAGCAGCAGCUCCUCCACAGCGUCAAGGCCGACAUCCAGGGCCUUCACGACAAGUUCAAGGCUCAGUACCGACCUUCAGAGGCCAACCACAUGAGCCAGCUGCGAGAUCUGCCAGAAAUUGCUGGCGCCAUCGUCUGGGCUCGCCAGAUCGAGCGACAGCUCAAUGUCUACAUGAAUCGGGUCGGGGAUGUUCUGGGUCAAGGGUGGGAGUUGUACGCCGAGGGACAGAAACUCAAGAGCGAGAGCGAGACAUUCAGGCGUAAGCUCGACACAAGACCGCUUUUUGACGGCUGGCUCACGGACAUCAAUCGGCGCGAUAUGAGCAUCUCUGGCAGGCUCUUUGAGGUGACGAGGCACCGGGCCAGCAACACCUACCAGCUUGGUGUCAACUUUGACCCCCAGGUCAUUGCACUCUUCAAAGAGGUCCGCAACCUCAUCUGGCUCAACUUCCAGAUUCCGCACACCAUCAACAACCUAGCAAAGGAUGCCAAGCGAGUUUAUCCACACGCUGUCAGUCUCAUGGAAACAGUGCGGACGUAUACGCAGACGUGCAACAUGGUCAAGGCAAACCCUGGCAUUCGGUGCCUCGUGGCGCAAGUCCAGAGCGACGUCCAGAGUCUCAUCUCGCAGGGCAUGGCGCUGCGUUGGGAGAAUUUUGCCAACACGUACGAGUCGCACCGUGCGGUGGCCUACCUUCCUGGGUCUGGCACGAGUGGGGCGGGCGCGAUCGACGCUCGCGAGAACAAGCAAGUCUCGUUUGUCCGUCAAUUUGCUUCGAUCGUUUCUUUGUUCCAGGACAAGACCAACGAGCUCAUUGAGAUCCAGCGAGAGGUCUACACGACUGUCGACGAGCUGUCGUCUUGCCCUUACCGUGCCGAGGAGUUUGCGCCGAGGCUGCACAAGAUUCAGGCGACCAUCGACCGACUCAACCUGGAGGGCUACCCCAAUCUCGACGAUUGGGUGCGCGAUGUGGACGGCAAGAUCGAAGCAGUCUUCGUUGACCGGCUCAAGCUUAUCUCGGUGGCGUGGUGUGAAGAAUUCGGACGAGAGUCGAGGGAGAGAGGAGCAACCAAGACCUCGGGGCUCCGAGACAUCACCAAUACCGUGGGAAGCAAGCGACGAGGCCAAGACAAGAAGAAGAUGAACCAGGCGACCAGAGCAGCGCUGGAGCGAGAUCACAUUGAGCUUAAAUCCGUGACACACGAGAUCCGGAUCCAGAACCAGGUCAUCUACCUUGACCCGCCCAUUGAGCAUGCUCGAGCCCGCUGGUUCCGUCAGCUGCACGAGGUCCUCGCUGUCGUUUGCGCCCUCCGCCGCAUUCAAAGCUCCCGAUACGAGAUUGGGCUACAGAUGCGCAAAGACAAGAAGAUCACCGACCAGACAUACACGUCCCUCCUCACAUGCUUUCACGGCGAGAAUGGCGACACUCUGCAGAGACCCUUUGCCCUCAUUGAGGCAAAGAUCGCCGAAGUGAACCAGUACGUGGCCAAGUGGCUUCAAUUCCAGUCGCUUUGGGACCUCGAGUCGGAGCACGUCUACGCACGGCUGGGCGAUUCGCUUGCUAAUUGGCAGCAACUCCUCUCCGAGAUUCGCAAGACUAGGUCGACCUUUGACAAUUCCGACACGCAGCGCUCGUUUGGCAUCGCCGUCAUCGACUAUGAGCAGGUGCAGAGCAAGGUCAACGCCAAGUACGAUACGUGGCAGCGCGACAUCCUCAACCGAUUCGGCAGCAAGCUGUCAAACGAGAUGCGCGAAGUGCAUGCUGCAAUCAAGAAGGCCCGCAAUGACCUCGAGCAGCAUAGCAUCGAGGCCAGCUCGACGGCGCAGACAGUCACAUUCAUUACCUUUGUUCAGGAUCUGAAGCGCAAGGUCAAAAAGUGGACGCCGCAGAUUGAAAUCUUUGGCACGGGUCAGAAGACGCUUGAGAGGCAGCGGUACAUGUUCGCUCAGGAUUGGCUCUAUGUCGACCAGGUCGAGGGCGAGUGGUCAGCGUUCAACGAGAUUCUUUCGCGCAAGAAUGCCAGCAUUCAGGAACAGCUCGCGGGGUUGCAGAUGAAGAUCAUCGCCGAGGACAAGAUCGUCUCGGACAAGAUCGCCGCCAUUGUCGUAGAGUGGGAGCAAAAGAAGCCCAUCCAGGGCACACUCAAGGCUGACGCAGCAAUGAACACCAUCAACGUGUUUGAAUCGCGCGUCGGCAAGCUCAGCGAAGAUCGCGAUCUCGUCAUUCGGGCCAAGGAGGCUCUCGACCUCGACCAUACCAGCGACGACCGGCUGGAACCAAUCUUCGAGGAGCUUCGUGAUCUCAAAGCGGUGUGGACGGCCCUUUCGGGCACGUGGAGCCAACUCGGCGAACUGCGCGAGAGCAUUUGGAACAACAUACAGCCACGCAAGCUGCGACAGCAGCUCGAUGGUCUCCUGAACCAGACAAAGGAGAUGCCUGCACGAAUGCGCCAAUAUGCCGCAUUUGAAUACGUCCAGGAAACGCUGCGCGGCCUCCUCAAGAGCAACUCGCUCCUUUCCGACCUCAAGUCAGAGGCGAUGCGAGAGCGGCACUGGCGAUCGCUUUUCAAGCAGCUCAAGAUCCAGUCGCAUUACACUCCCUCGUCGAUGACACUCGGCACUGUCUGGGAUCUGGACCUUAAGAAGCACGAGUCCACGAUAAAGGCCGUUAUUGUCACUGCGCAGGGCGAGCUGGCCCUCGAAGAGUACCUCAAGCAAGUCCGAGAGUCGUGGUCAAGCUACACACUGGAUCUGGUCAACUACCAGAACAAGUGCAGGCUGAUCCGAGGCUGGGACAAUCUUUUCCAGCUGGCCGGCGACAAUCUCAAUGCGCUUCGUGCCAUGUCGAUGAGCCCGCACUACAAAGUGUUUGAAGAGGAGGCAAGCCUUUGGGAGGACCGUCUCUCCAAGGUGACGGUCCUCUUUGAUACCUGGAUCGACGUGCAGCGCCAGUGGGUCUAUCUCGAGGGCAUCUUUACCGGCUCGGCAGAGAUCCGACACAUCUUGCCAGUCGAGAGUUCAAGGUUCCAGAAUAUCAACACCGAGUUUCUGACAGUCAUGAAGAAAGUCUACAAGUCGCCCUUCGUUCUCGACGUGCUGAACAUCGCAGGCGUCCAAAAGAGCCUCGAACGGCUUGCGGAUCUGCUCAGCAAGAUUCAAAAGGCCCUUGGAGAGUACCUCGAGCGAGAGAGAGCAAUGUUCCCGCGCUUCUACUUUGUCGGAGACGAGGACUUGCUCGAGAUUAUUGGAAACAGCAAAGACAUCGUGCGCAUCAUGAAGCAUUUCAAGAAGAUGUUUGCGGGCCUCGCCACGGUCACACUCGACGAGGAAGGGACGAGACUUGAGGGCAUGGUCAGCCGUGAAGGCGAAACAGUCGACUUUAAGUCUCCAAUAGUGCUCAAGGACUAUGCCAAGAUCAACGAGUGGCUGACCAAGAUGGAGGGCGAGAUGCGCUUCACGCUGGCCGCGCUCCUGUCUGAGGCGGUAGAGGAGCUUGAAAGCUUCUACACGGACGUCGACGGCCUCGAUGGAGAUCGGUUCCUCGAUUGGAUUGAGCGAUAUCCCGCUCAGCUCGUCGUUCUGGCCAUGCAGGUGGUCUGGACCGGCCUCGUCGAUGGCGCGCUUCAAGCUCACCGACCAUUGGAGGAGCCGCUGCGAAUCAUCAUGCGAGGGUUGGAUCUGCUGGCUGACACGGUGUUGACGGACAUCGCGACCAUCAAGCGGCGAAAGUGCGAGCACCUCAUCACUGAGCUUGUCAGUCAGCGUGACGUGACGAGGACUCUGUUGGCCGACAAGAUCGACUCUGUCAACGACUUCGCGUGGCUGUAUCAGAUGCGAUUCUACCUCGACAAGACGGUCGAGGAUCCGCUGAAUCGAUUGAAGGUGCAGAUGGCCAACGCUACCUUCCCGUACGGCUACGAAUACCUGGGUAUCACCGAAAAGCUCGUCACGACACCCCUGACUCGGCGAUGCUACCUGACGUUGACGCAAGCGCUCCACUACAAACUUGGAGGCGCCCCAGAGGGUCCUGCAGGCACAGGCAAGACGGAGACGGUCAAGGCCUUGGGCGCUCAGCUCGGCCAGAUGGUUCUCGUCUUUUGCUGCGAUGAGACGUUUGACUUUCAAGCCAUGGGUCGCAUCUUUGUCGGUCUCUGCAGAACAGGCGGAUGGGGCUGCUUCGAUGAGUUCAAUCGUCUGGAAGAGAGGAUCCUCUCGGCCGUUUCGCAGCAGAUCCAAGCGAUUCAGCACGGCCUCACGCAGACGGCCACGGCAGCACCUGGUUCGACGGUCGAGAUUGAGCUGCUGGGCAAACAGGUUGCGGUAAAUCCUCGCACAGCCAUGGCGGUCACUUCCAAUCCGACAUAUGCAGGUCGAUCUAAGUUGCCAGACAAUCUCAAGAAGCUUUUCCGUCCCAUGGUCAUGUCUCAGCCCGACCGCGAGAUCAUCGCGCAGGUUCUCCUCUACGCCCAAGGUUUCAGGACCGCCGAGGCGCUGUCCAGCAAGAUUGUGCCGUUCUUCAAUCUCUGCGCUGAGCAGCUCAGCAACCAGCCCCAUUACGACUUUGGCCUUCGUGCGCUCAAGGCUGUCCUCGUCAGCGCCGGUCAGCUCAAGCGCGAGAGGCUGGCCGCGGAGCGGGUAGAAGGCGCAGCAGCUCCCGUGACAGGCGAGGCGCUCGAGGUCUCAGAGCAGGAGAUCCUGAUCCAGAGUGUCUCCGAGACGAUCGUGCCCAAGCUCGUGGCCGACGAUGUUCCUCUGCUCUCUAGUCUGCUGUUGGACGUCUUCCCUGGCAUCGAGUACAAGCCCGUCGAUCUGGGCGAGCUCAAACAGCAACUGGCCCAGGUGUGCGCCGAACGCAACCUCGAUUGCAGCGGACUCUGGCUCGAGAAGGUCGUGCAGUUGUACCAGAUCCAAAAGAUCAGCCAUGGUCUCAUGAUGGUUGGGCCGUCCGGAACAGGCAAGACGCAGGCGUGGCAGGUGCUCCUCACGGCGCUCGAGAGACUAGAGGGCGUGGAGGGUGUGUCGUACGUCAUUGAUCCAAAAGCCGUCUCGAAAGAGGCCCUCUACGGAACGUUGGAUCCUACAACGAGGGAGUGGAACGAUGGUCUGUUCACUCAUGUGCUCAGGAAGAUUGUCGACAAUGUCCGUGGAGAGAGUGCCAAGCGACACUGGAUCAUCUUCGAUGGCGACGUCGAUCCUGAAUGGGUCGAGAACUUGAACAGUGUCCUCGACGACAACAAGCUCCUCACGUUGCCCAAUGGCGAGCGCCUGGGUCUGCCACCAAAUGUGCGAAUCAUGUUUGAGGUUGAGCAUCUCAAGUUCGCCACACUGGCUACCGUUUCGCGGUGUGGAAUGAUCUGGUUCAGCGAUGACACGGUGCAGCCUCGUAUGCUGUACAGCAACUACCUUGGCGCACUCCGCUCUAUUGCCUUGGGCGGCGACGACGACGAUGACUUGCCCGCUGCCGCGCGGAGACAGGCAUCAGCCAUGGCCACAACAGCCGAAGGAGAAGUAUCGCCUGAGCUGACAACGCAAAGGAUCAUCGCCGAUGCCGUGGCACCCUUCUUCGACGAAGUGGACGGCUUGGUCAGCAAGGCUCUGGAGCAUGCAAGCCGGGUGUGGCACAUCAUGGACUUCACCCCGAUCCGCGCUCUCAAUACGCUCUUCUCACUCAUCAACAAGACGGCCAGGAACGUCAUCGACUACAACACGCAACACUCAGACUUUCCACUCUCGACGGAGCAGAUCGAGGCGUAUGCGACUAAGCGGCUUGUGGUUGCCAUCGUCUGGUCCUUCACGGGCGACUCAGAGAUUGACGUCAGGACAGAGAUGGGCGAAUUCCUGCGUGGCCAGACGGGCGUAGAGCUGCCCGCGCUCGGUGUUGGUGGUUCUCUGAUCGACUUUGACGUCCAAGUCAACACGGGCGAGUGGUUCUCGUGGACGAGCAAGGUGCCGACGAUUGAGGUGGAAACCAACGCCGUGGCCUCGGCCGAUGUGGUCAUUCCCACGACUGACACCGUUCGACACGAGGACGUCCUGUACUCGUGGUUGUCUGAGCACAAGCCCUUGAUGCUCUGUGGACCACCCGGGUCGGGCAAGACAAUGACGCUCUUCAGCGCGUUGAGAAAGCUUCCCGAUCAGGAAGUCGUCGGUCUCAACUUCUCUAGCGCCACUACGCCUGAGCUGAUCCUCAAGACCUUUGAGCAGUACUGCGAGUACCGCAAGACUCCCAACGGCGUCGUUCUGAGCCCCGUCCAGAUUGGCAAGUGGAUCGUCCUCUUCUGCGACGAGAUCAAUCUGCCGGCGCUGGACAAGUAUGGCACCCAGCGAGUCAUUUCGUUCCUUCGUCAGCUCGUGGAGAGUGGCGGAUUCUGGCGCACUUCGGACAAGGCUUGGGUCAAACUGGAGAGGAUCCAGUUCGUAGGUGCAUGCAAUCCGCCGACGGACCCUGGUCGUGUUCCUCUGAGCCAUCGGUUCCUUCGUCAUGCGCCCCUCGUCAUGGUUGGCUAUCCCGCCGCACAAUCGCUCCACCAGAUCUACGGCACCUUCAAUCGGGCGCUGCUCAAGGUGACGCCGAACCUGCGAGGCUACGCAGAUGCUCUUACUGGCGCCAUGGUCGACUUCUUCCUCGACACGCAAAAGCGCUUCACACCCGAUCGCAGUCCCACCUACGUCUACUCGCCCCGAGAGCUGACGAGGUGGAUGAGGGGUAUCUUGGAGGUCAUUGCCCAUCUUGACACGCUCAGCGUCGAAGGUCUCGUGCGUGUGUGGGCACACGAAGCUCUGCGGAUCUUUGCGGAUCGACUGAUCGAUGUUGAGGAGCGCGAAUGGACAGAGGAGUCCAUUGACUCGACUGCGAAGAGACACUUCCCAACGAUCAACCACGACGAGGCGCUGGCGAGGCCAAUCGUGUUCUCGAACUGGAUCAGCAAGAACACACAGAGUGUCGACAUUGGCGCACUCAGGAACCAUACAUCCGCGAGGUUGAGCCAAUAUAGCGAGGAGGAGCUCGACACGAAGCUGGUCCUCUUCGACAGCGUCCUGACACUCGCGACGAGCAUCGAUCGGGUCUUGAGGCAGCGACAAGGCCAUCUGCUGCUCAUCGGCGUGAGCGGCUCGGGACGAACGACGAUCAGUCGCUUCGUCGCAUGGAUGAACGGACUGUCUACCUUUAGCAUCUCGACGUCGCGCAAGUACACGAUGGCGGACUUCGACGAAGACCUGCGAACGCUGCUGAGGCGGUGCGGCACUCAGGCCGAAAAGGUCUGCUUCUUGAUUGACGAAUCACAGAUCAAGGAGCCGGCGUUCCUGGAGCGCAUGAACACCCUCUUGGCCAACUCUGAGGUGCCUGGUCUCUUCGAAGGAGACGAGUACAGCAGCCUGCUCACGGCUUGCAAAGAGGGAAGCACAAGGGACGGUCUCAUGCUCGAUAGCCCCGAGGAACUCAUGGGAUGGUUCUCGUCGGAGAUCAGCAAGAAUCUGCACGUCGUGUUCCUCAUGAAUCCCGUCGGCCAGGGCAUGGGAAGCCGAGCCGCGGCGUCGCCUGCACUCUUCAAUCGUUGCGUCUUGCUCUUUUGCUUUGGUUAGCGACCUU